UAUCCGCUAUCAGGUGAAGGAGGGUAUGGAUAUUUAAAAGAACCAUGGUGGUGGGCUGGAAUGAUUACAAUGAUUGUUGGGGAAGUAGCUAAUUUUGCAGCCUAUGCAUUUGCACCGGCUAUUCUGGUAACACCUUUGGGAGCUUUAAGUAUUAUAUUCAGCGCAGUGCUAGCGCAUUUUAUUUUGCAAGAGAAAUUGCAUAUGUUUGGGAUACUUGGUUGCGUUCUCUGUGUUGUUGGGUCUACAACUAUAGUCUUACACGCUCCACAUGAGCAGAAGAUUGAAUCAGUCAAGCAAAUAUGGCAGCUUGCUAUUGAACCAGGUUUCCUUGUGUAUUCUGCUGUGAUUGUGAUUGUGGUGGCUAUACUGAUCUUCUACUAUGAACCGCGCUACGGAAAGACUCAUAUGAUAGUAUAUGUUGGAAUCUGUUCCUUGAUGGGUUCUCUUACUGUUAUGAGUGUUAAAGCUGUGGCCAUUGCGAUAAAGCUGACAUUUUUGGGGACGAAUCAGUUCAAAUACUUCAACACUUGGAUUUUCAUUUUAGUGGUUGCAUUUUGUUGCCUUUUACAAAUCAACUACUUGAACAAGGCACUGGAUACAUUCAACACCGCGGUUAUUUCACCGGUUUACUACGUUAUGUUCACAACUUUCACCAUCAUAGCUAGUAUGAUCAUGUUCAAGGAUUGGGCUUCUCAGAGUGGAUUAAAGAUUGCAACAGAGUUGUGUGGUUUCGUAACGAUUUUGUCAGGAACAUUUCUGCUUCACAAGACGAAAGACAUGGGAAACAGUGGAAGUGGCCGUGGAUCUGUCUCUAUGCCUAGAGACACUCCUGUCUUCACCAACUCAGGAUCCGCUCGGAGCUCCACCUCAGAUAAACUACCCUCCUGACUCUAACGUUCCAAGAUUCCCCCAUUGUACGUAUACGUGAGAGCAACGAAAGACUACAAAGCAUAAGGAUCGAUGUAUUUUUCAAUGAAUACUUGUUAGGAACUAUAUUCUUUUUUUUUUUUUUUUUGGUUUCCCACAUGACAAUGUAAUUUACAACCAAAGAGAAUUAAAACAAGACAAGAUUUUUUUAAAGUA